ACCCCCGUCCGCACCACGUGACUUGAGUUCUUAUGAACCCGUGAGGGCGGCCCUUCUGUUUACUUCUCGCUUUUGGACCGACCUGUUGGGAAAAUGAUGCAGUCUUGGCAAUCGGCGACGCUGCUGCUCGGCGCUCUUCUGGCCGUGGUCUCCGCCGGAUUGGGCGCCUCGAUGCCCGGCGCGCCCGUGGAGGCCGACGUGAACGAUCCGAGCCUUAGAAACGCCCUUCAGCUGGCCGUGGCGGAGCACAACAGGAAGAGCGACGGGCUCUUUCUGAGCCAGGUGUCCAAGGUGGUCCGGGCCCAGACGCAGGUUGUUGCUGGCAUCAUGUACAUUUUUGAAGUGGAGAUGGUCCACACAAAGUGCAGGAAGGAUGAUGUUAAGACUGUGUGCGAUGCACAUCCAGACCCAGAACUUGCCAAGCCGUACACUUGCGAGUUCCACGUGUGGAGCCGUCCCUGGCUGAACAGCAUUCAGGUGGCGAAAAACAACUGCAACAACUGAGUCCAGGGCUCUUUGACUUUGCUUGAGUUACACCAAUGUUUUAUGUAAACUUUACCGUGUUUGACUGACCAUUAACAUCCUCUGUGUUCUAACAUUAAGGCAUUUCAGUAUUAAGGCCAUUUCAACUUUAGUAUUAAAUUUACAGAGUUGAGUGUUCUUCCCUCUCCCAGUAAGAUGCAAAUUAAAUUGAUAAUUCAAACUAUGCAGUGAUUUUUUUUUUUUUUUUUUUUU